CUUCUUCUUCAUCUUCUUCUUGUCUUGUGUAUUGAGCGAUCGUGUCUCUUUUAACUACCUGCACUAGCUAGAUAUGAAAAGGAGUUGGCUGAUUGACUACAAAGGAUUUGCAACCAAAGUGAAAAAUGCCGGUCUAUCUCCUGCAUAUCAAACCAAAGACUGUGGAGCGCAUCGUGACUGCCCAAAAUGCCAUUAUCGCCUUGACAAUACCGAUGUUUCUCAAGAAUGGCCUGGAUUGCCUGCUGGUGUGAAGUUUGAUCCAUCAGACAUAGAGCUCUUAGACCAUUUAGCUGCAAAAUGCAGAUUGGGAUGUUCAGAACCACAUAAGUUCAUCGAAGAGUUCAUCCCAACAGUUGACCAAGAAGAAGGAAUAUGCUAUACCCAUCCGGAAAAUCUCCCUGGUGUGAAAAAAGAUGGGAGUAGUGUCCACUUCUUCCAUAGAACUAUCAAUGCAUAUGCUACCGGUCAAAGGAAACGCCGCAAAAUUCACAAUGGGUAUAGUUUGACAAAGGAGGAGGUCCGUUGGCAUAAGACAGGUAAAACCAAGCCUGUCAUGGAUCGUAACGGAGUGCAGAAGGGCUGUAAGAAGAUAAUGGUUCUUUAUACAACUUCAAAGAAGGGUUGCAAGUCUUAUAAGUCUAACUGGGUAAUGCACCAAUAUCAUUUGGGGAUGGAUGAAGACGAAAUAGAGGAACGAUUUGUGGUGUCGAAAAUCUUUUAUCAGCCGCAGAAGCAAACUGACAAUAAUGAGAGUUUUCAUGUCAUUGAAGAAUCUGAAGUGGGUACUAUUCAUACUGGUCCGCGGACUCCACAGACUAAUACUCCUGAUCCACCUCGGCCAGGCAAAUCUAUUUGGCGGUGUGAUCUACCUCUACAGGAGGCCGAGGUUGUCAAAGAAACAUCUCGUCCUUCAUCCUGUGAUCCUCCCUUCAAGAAUGAAACAGAGACUUAUUGGUUGGCAGGUGAACCACAAGCUAUCGAUGGGAAUGGCAUGGAUCAUGACUCAUUGUUGUACAAUAAGAUUUUGGAUUCCGAUGUUGCUCUGGAUGAUUCCAGAAUAAAUGAUGAUCCUUUCGAUGACUUUUAUCGCCUCACACAUAAAGAUGAUCCUAUAGGAGAUAAAAUUCCACCUUGUGGAGUUGCUGAUCUUGAGAACCUAGAAUUUGAUACCCCUCUUGGUUCCCAACAACUUUCUGAUUUGUCGUUUGGUUCUCAAGAUAGCAGCUGGUUAGACCAUUUUUAGGAAAACGAGCGUUGGAGCUUAAAAUUUCCAAAUGGUUGCAUGCCAUAUUUUCAGAAACACUUCUGCAAAGGUGAAGGGCUGUUGCAUGGAGGGAAAAAAUCAUGUUAAGGCCAUAAAGUUGUUUGGAGCUGAUUCUGUGAUCAAAGGAGAAAUGACACUACAGUUCAAAUGCCAAAUUCCUUGUGAUUCCUUAUCCCACAAAAAAUGUGGAGUUGCUGAUUAUUCUGUUGUUUAUUAGUACGUUGAGUUAUUACUUCGAUACAAAUCAAACUGUGUCGUUUGUAUAACUUAUUGUUUGUAUCCUCAUAACUUGCUGUUAAUUUCAUGCUUACUGAUGCAACAAAUUCUUUGUACUGUUUUUUCUUAUGAAGAAGUGAGAAAACUAUGUAAUGUGUUCUUAAUUUGAACUUUUUUGAGGUACAGUACAUAUAUUCUUCCAUCAAACACGUGACGGGACAUUAAUAUCAUCGUGCUGUCAAGG